GUUUGUCUCGCGCGUGACGUCAGCGCGUCCCCGCUGUCCCGGCGGCGGGGCCGGAGGAGGCGGCAGGUGACGGCUGCGGCUAGAGCGGCGCGGGCCGGCCCGGCGGUGUGCAGGGAAGCUGAAAGGCUGCAGAGUGCUGUUGAGCAAGACAAGUGAGGAAUGAGCCAGCCCUGGGACAGAGGCCCUGCCACCCUAGCUGCAGACAUCUGAAGAGAGCACCUUCCAGUCUUGUGGCAUGCUCCAGUAGCCAUUCUUCAGAGGAGCACGUCUUGAUGUGAUGUGUGAAGCAGCAGAGGCGUUGGCAGUAACACCAGGCAUGCUCUCCUGAGGAUGGCCGGCUGCGGGGAAAUCGAUCACUCCGUCAACAUGCUGCCCACCAACAGGAAGGCCAACGAGCCGUGCGCCGGCGCGGCGCCGGCGCUGGCCGUGCCCGAGUGCGCCAUCUGCCUGCAGACCUGCGUGCACCCCGUCAGCCUGCCCUGCCGCCACGUCUUCUGCUACCUGUGCGUCAAGGGAGCCUCCUGGCUGGGCAAGCGCUGCGCCCUCUGCAGGCAGGAGAUCCCGGAGGACUUUCUGGACAAGCCCACCUUGCUGUCCCCGGAGGAGCUCAAGGCGGCCAGCAGAGGCAACGGAGAAUACGCUUGGUACUACGAGGGGCGGAACGGUUGGUGGCAGUACGACGAACGCACCAGCAGGGAGCUGGAGGACGCCUUCUCCAAGGGCAAGAAGAGCACCGAGAUGCUGAUCGCCGGCUUCCUCUACGUGGCAGACCUGGAGAACAUGGUGCAGUACCGCCGGAACGAGCACGGCCGCCGGCGGAAGAUCAAAAGGGACAUCAUAGACAUACCAAAGAAGGGGGUGGCCGGGCUGAGGCUGGACUGCGACGCCGUCAACCUGGCCCGGGAGAGCUCCGCCGACGGCGCCGACAGCACGGCCGCGCCGGGGGCCGCGGCUCUGCAGCCCCUGGCGGCCGUUCCCGCCCGGCCUCUGCCCUCGCUGGACGGGCAGCCGCUGAGCCCGGCCAGCCCCUCGCCGGACGCCAGCGACUCCCUGGAGAACUCUUUUGCCCACUUGCAGCUCAAUGGAGACAGUAUGGCUGAAAGGAGUCACAGGGGAGAGGGAGAAGAAGACCACGAGUCCUCCUCUUCCGGCAGGGUGCCGGCCCCCGACACCUCGGUGGAGGAGACCGAGUCGGAUGCCAGCAGCGACAGCGAGGAGGCCUCUGCCCCGCUGCGGCAGCGCCUGCCCUCGGGCCAGCAGAGACACUCCGGCGCGAGCCAGGCGGCGGCGGGCGGCGGGGUGGGCAGCACCAGGUCUAGGAGGCCGGAUGGACAGUGCACGGUCACUGAGGUGUAAAGCCAGAGCCCUCCCAGCCCCCGGCCUCGCCCUGCGAAUCCUCUGCCGGCAGCGCACUCGAACCUAGCGGCGGCUCUGGUGGGAGGGGUGGGGGGAAGGGGAGAAGCAGAUUUGGCCCUCUUCAACCUUAAAGUCUCUUAACGUGUCUCAGCUGGAAGACUCUCUAACUGUAGGGAACUGGGUCGUGCUGUGAGUGGUUUGAAAGCUGCUUAGCAAUGCUCAGUUUCCUUGGCAAUGUCUCGUGUUUCUUUUGUAGCAUUUCCUUCCCCCCCCAUCCCCAAUGCCCCCCAGGAUACUCAGCCCCCUUUUGGCCAAUGUAUAUCUGCUGUACAACUUGGAAUUGUCUCCAUUACCUGACUGUUGCAUUAAGUGUCUUAACUGCUUUCUGCAUGGAUUGGUGUCUGAAGACUGAAGCAGCGUGGGAGAAGGCAGGAGGUUGGGUGUGAGCGGGAUGCUUCAUUUAAAUGUGAGGAAAACCCCCCCCAAUAGAUGUGGAGUUUGGAGUUUAAAGCCAAUGUGUUUCUACUAGACAAGAGCAGUCAUUCACCUUCCCUCAGUGGACAUGACAAAGAAAUGCUGUUGAACUUGUGUGGCAGGCUCUUCCCUAGACGCUCUUGGUGGCACCCUGGCUGGCUUUGGCCAUCUAGUCCCCUGUAGGUUUGGGUUUGGAGCUCCUCCUGGAUCUGUCUCGGUUUUGUUACGGAGUUUCUAAUUUAAUAAAACUACCUUUUA